AUGACGGAAACAGCCAUGGGACAGACUGUCACCACCCUCCUGAGCCUCACGCUUAACCACUGGUCAGACGUGAAGGCACGAGCCAACAACGAGGGAGUUGUAGUCAAGAAGAAUAAAUGGAUCACCCUUUGCGAGGCCGAAUGGGUCAUGAUGGAUAGGACCCACCGCCAUACCCGGGGAAUCGGGGACCGGAGGGACCGGCGGCCCCCGCGGCGGGACCAGAGUGACUGGCGAACACCCCGGCAGCCCCCGAACAGCCUCUACAGAGACAGAGGGAGGAUGAGGCUCCGGCCCCCUCCCCAAUUGCCGAUCGUCUACGAGGAAGUGACCCACCAGCCCACGUGGGACGACUGUCAGCAGUUACUGCAGACCCUCCUGACAGUGGAGGAGAAGCAGCGAGUCUUCUUGGAGGCUCGGAAGCAGGUUCCUGGAGACGAUGGAAGACCCACCCAAUUGCCUAAUGUCAUUGAUGCAGCCUUUCCCCUCACCCGCCCGAACUGGGACUUCAUGACCCCAGAAGGUAGGGAGCACCUACGUCUCUUUUGCCAGUUGCUCUUAGCGGGUCUCCGGGGGGCUGCUAGGCGCCCUACCAAUUUGGCUCAGGUUAGAAAUGUGGUCCAGGGAAAGGAUGAGACGCCGGCAGCAUUCGUGGAAAGACUCAAAGAGGCCUAUAGGAUGUAUACCCCGUACGAUCCGGAAGAUCCAGGACAGGCGCCGAGCGUCAUCUUGUCUUUCAUCUAUCAGUCAAGUCCAGAUAUAUGGGCCAAGUUACAGAGACUAGAGGGACUGCACUCAUUCAGUUUGUCAGAUUUAUUAAGAGAGGCAGAGAAAGUUUUUAAUAAGAGAGAAACUCCCGAAGAGUGGGAGGAGAGGGUGUGGCAGAAACAGGAAGCAAGAGAUAAGAAACGUCAUAGAGAAAUAAGUAAAGUCCUGGCCGCUGUAGUGUCUCAGGGACAGGGAGGUCAAGGCCAGGAGCCCCCCCCCCAGCCUAGGAUAACUCUCAAGAUCGGGGGGCAGCCAGUGACCUUCCUAGUGGACACCGGGGCUCAACAUUCAGUCCUGACCCAUACCGGAGGCUCUCUCAGUGACCGCACAGCUUUGGUCCAGGGGGCCACAGUUAGCAGGAGGUAUCGAUGGACCACCGAGAGAAAGGUUCAGCUGGCAUCUGGACAGGUAACCCACUCUUUUUUGCAUAUACCUGAUUGCCCUCACCCAUUAUUUGGCCGAGACCUGUUGACUAAGCUCAAGGCUCAGAUCUAUUUUGAUGACAAGGGGUUGACCAUUACAGGACCCAAAGGGACACCCCUACAAGUCCUAGCCCUAAAAUUGAAAGAGGAAUACCACCUGUUUGAAUCUGAGCCCUCUAAGGGGCCACCACAAGGGAUGCAGGACUGGUUGAGAGAAUUUCCCUCGGCAUGGGCAGAGACUGGCGGCUUGGGGCUGGCUCACAACCAACCCCCACUUGUUAUUCAGUUAAAAGCCUCCGCCACUCCUGUUUCAAUCAAACAGUAUCCCAUGUCCCGGGAAGCCCACGAGGGCAUUAAACCACACAUCCGGAGACUCCCGGACCAGGGGGUACUUGUGCCCUGUCGAUCUCCUUGGAAUACCCCCCUCCUGCCUGUAAAAAAACCUGGGACAGUGGAUUACAGACCGGUUCAAGAUCUGAGGGAGGUUAAUAAACGGGUUGAAGAUAUACACCCCACGGUGCCAAACCCUUACAACCUCCUCAGCACUCUUCCACCAACCCACAUUUGGUAUACGAUACUGGACUUAAAGGAUGCCUUCUUCUGUUUGAGAUUGCAUCCCCAGAGCCAACUGCUGUUUGCUUUUGAAUGGAGAGACCCAGAGAUGGGACUUUCAGGACAGUUAACCUGGACUUGGCUCCCCCAGGGGUUAAAAAACAGCCCGACCCUCUUUGAUGAAGCCCUACACUCAGACCUGGCCAAGUUCCGGGUCGAACAUCCAGCCUUAAUCUUGCUCCAAUAUGUGGAUGACCUCCUCCUAGCGGCCAGAACCCAGGCUGAAUGUUUAAGAGGCACUCAGGCCCUUUUGGCUAAACUGGGACAGAAGGGCUAUCGGGCUUUGGCCAAGAAGGCCCAGAUUUGCCAAAGCAAAGUCAUCUACCUGGGUUACACCCUAGAGGGAGGACAGAGAUGGCUCACGAAAGCAAGGAAGGAGGCCAUAAUCUCCAUACCUUCUCCAAGGAACCCCCGCCAGGUGCGGGAGUUCCUAGGUACUGCCGGCUACUGCCGCCUCUGGAUCCCAGGUUUUGCUGAGAUGGCUGCCCCUCUGUAUCUUCUCACCAAGCCCGGAGCCAUGUUCCACUGGGGAGAGGAGCAACAACAGGCCAUUCAACGAAUUAAGAGAACCUUACUUGAGUCACCAGCUCUUGGCCUACCAGAUCUGACUAAGCCUUUUGAACUGUUCGUGGAUGAGAACUCAGGCUUUGCAAAAGGAGUGCUGGUACAGAGACUGGGGCCAUGGAAGAGACCUGUAGCUUAUUUAUCCAAGAAAUUAGACCCGGUAGCUGCAGGUUGGCCCCCCUGUCUGUGCAUGGUAGCCGCCAUUGCUGUCUUGCUCAAGGACGCAGGGAAACUGACUUUGGGACAGCCAUUAACUGUGUUAUCCUCCCAUGUGGUGGAAGCUCUGGUCCGGCAGCCCCCAGAUAGAUGGCUCUCAAAUUCCAGGAUGACCCACUACCAGGCUCUGUUGUUAGACACAGACCGAGUGGUGUUUGGACCAGUUGUCUCCCUCAACCCCGCAACCCUGCUGCCCUUGCCAGACCCAUCCAAGGAGCACAAUUGCCUCCAGAUUCUGGCGGAGGCCCAUGGCACCCGCUCCGACCUAACAGAUCAACCGCUGUCGAACCCAGAUUUCAUCUGGUUCACAGAUGGGAGCAGCUUCCUCCAAGAAGGAGAACGGAGGGCUGGAGCAGCCAUCACACCAGAGGUAGUUUGGGCCUCACCACUGCCGCCUGGAACAUUGGCCCAAAAGGCAGAGCUGAUUGCGCUGACCCAGGCCCUCCGGAUGGCGGAAGGUAAGAGACUCAUGGUCUAUACCGAUAGCAGAUAUGCCUUCACCACUGCCCAUGUACAUGGAGAAAUCUACAGAAGAAGAGGCCUCUUGACCUCGGAGGGUAAGGAAAUUAAGAACAAAAAGGAAAUUUUAGACCUCUUAAGGGCAUUGUUCCUCCCACAUCAGCUCAGCAUUAUACAUUGUCCCGGGCACCAAAAGGAUGACUCUGUCGUAAUGCGGGGAAAUCGGCUGACUGAUCUGACAGCCCGGACAGUGGCCUUACAACUCCCUAGGGGCGACCAGCUGCUGGUCUUGCAGGACCAACAGCCAAGCAAGGACCCCAUGCCCUACAGCCCGGAGGAUCAGGAACUAGCAAAGAAAAUGGGGGCCAAAUGGAUCAAGUUCCUUCACGCGCUAACCCAUUUAAGCAAAAACAAGAUGAGGGCCAUUCUGGCUGAUGAGGCUUCGGACACUGUAUUAUUGAAUCAGGAACAGGUCCUCCAACAGGUGACUUCCAGCUGCCCUGCUUGUGCCCAAGUUAAUCCAGGAAAAGCCCAUCUGGGCAGAGGGAGCUGCCUGCGAGGCCACCGCCCCGGAGUCCAUUGGGAACUUGACUUCACCGAGGUAAAACCCGGACUGUAUGGAUACAGAUACCUUCUGGUUUUUGUAGACACUUUUUCAGAAUGGACCGAGGCCUUCCCUACCAAGAAGGAGACCUCUAACGUGGUAACCAAGAAACUCCUAGAUGACAUCUUUCCCAGGUAUGGAAUGCCCCAGAUAUUGGGGUCAGACAAUGGGCCCGCCUUCAUCUCCCAGGUAAGUCAGAAGGUGGCCAGGCUACUGGGGAUCAAUUGGAAACUCCAUUGUGCAUACCGCCCCCAGAGCUCAGGACAGGUAGAACGCAUAAAUAGAACCAUUAAGGAGACUUUAACCAAAUUAAUGCUUGCAACUGGCACUAGAGAUUGGGUGCUCCUACUCCCACUAGCCCUUUACCGAGCCCGGAAUACUCCUGGGCCUCACGGCCUAACCCCGUUUGAGAUUAUAUAUGGGGCUCCCCCACCAAUUGUAAAUUUCCUUCACCCUGAUAUCUCCUCUUUUGCCACUAGCCCUACCCUGAAGGCGCACCUCCAAGCCCUCCAACUGGUACAAAAGACGGUGUGGAAACCCCUGGCUGAUGCCUACCGGGAGCAACUGAAUCGCCCGGUGGUGCCUCACCCAUUCAAGAUUGGGGACUCUGUCUGGGUCCGACGCCAUCAAUCCAAGAACCUAGAACCGAGGUGGAAAGGACCGUACACCAUCUUGUUAACAACUCCCACUGCACUCAAGGUUGACGGGAUAGCAGCUUGGGGCCACGCGUCGCAUGUGAAGGCCGCCAGAGAACCCGAUGAAGCUGAGAACACCGAGACAUCUACAUGGAAGGUUCAACACUCUCCAAACCCACUAAAGAUAAAACUCACCCGUGGACCCCCUUAAUCCCUCUAAUAGUCCUCCUGACAUUAGGAGGGGCAUCACCAGAGAGCCCCCAACUUGUUAAGAAAAUUACCUGGCAGGUCAUUUCCCAGACUGGGGACGUAGUCUGGUCCACGACUGCUAACCAUGCCCUAGGGACAUGGUGGCCCACUUUAACCCCCGAUUUCUGCCAUCUAGCAACCGGAGCGGAUGAUUCCUGGGGGGUGAGAGAUGUGGCGAUAAGUGACCUAAAUAAGACUACCCAUCCUGGGACAGUCCAGCACCCAAGGUGCAGGACCCCUCUGGCAAGAUGCCGUUGGGCCCAACAUGAUUUCUAUGUCUGCCCUGGGGACGGUAGGGACCGAAAGUUGGCCAGAAAAUGUGGGGGAGCCAGAGACUUCUUCUGUACUAGUUGGGGGUGGGAGACCACUGGAUCUGCUUGGUGGAACCCCAAGUCCAGCUGGGACCUGAUCAAACUGGAGCGAGGGUUCCCUAAGGCGCCAGGGGGAUGGUUUUAUUGUCCUCCCGAGGCCGGAUUGACACCCACAACGGGCCAGAAUCAUUACCAAGCCGGGUUGUCCUUGCCCCUGAAAAUUACCUUUACUGAAACAGGAAAAAGCUUCCCUGAAUGGACAAGGGGGAGGGUCUGGGGACUAAGAUUAUAUGAAAAAGACUAUAACAGGGGAUUAACAUUCAUGAUCCGGCUUCAGGUCUCGGAAAUCCAGACAGCAGCAGUAGGUCCCAACCAAGUCCUCAAAGAACAUAAGUCCCCAGGUAUGGGUGCAGCAAGAGUCCCUACCCACACCCCAGGAUUAAUUACACCUCCUACAAUACUAGGAACAGGGGAUAGACUACUUGACUUGAUACAGGGGGCCUACUUAGCCCUCAAUACCACCGCACCAGAGAAGACCCAGGGCUGUUGGCUCUGCCUGAUUUCCAGCCCUCCAUAUUAUGAGGGAAUUGUGGUAACAGGUAAUUAUAUGAGCCAGACAUCCCCGCAAGGGCGAUGCCUCUCUACCCCCAUGCAUAAACUAACCCUGUCCGAGGUAUCUGGCCAAGGGUUCUGUGUUGGAAAUGUCCGCACGACCCAUCUAGCCUUAUGCAAUCAAAUUCAUCAGCCGACGGAGGGAACUUAUUAUUUAGCUGCCCCCUAUGGAACCUACUGGGCUUGUAGCACAGGAUUAACCCCUUGCAUCUCAAGGGCUGUACUAGACAUCACCUCAGAU